AUGGUGUCUCUGACCGACUUCCAGCGGAUCGGUGUGGGACUGGUCGGCUUUGGCCUCUUCUUCAUCCUUUUUGGGAUGCUCUUGUACUUUGACUCAGUGCUUCUGGCCUUCGGUAAUAUCCUCUUCCUCUCCGGCUUGGUCUUCAUCAUCGGCUUCAGGAGGACCUUCACCUUCUUCUUCCAGCGGCCAAAGCUGAAGGGCACCAGCUUCUUCAUGGGAGGGGUCCUUAUUGUCCUCAUGCGGUGGCCACUCCUGGGCAUGCUGCUGGAGGCUUAUGGCUUCUUCACCCUCUUCAGGAGUUUUUUCCCAGUGGCUUUUGGGUUUUUGGGCUCGCUGACAAACAUCCCUGUGCUGAGCAAGCUCUUGCAGAAGAUGGGAGAGAGCAGCUCCAUGGUGUGACCUGAGAGACGGGCCACGUCACCAGAGAUGGGACAGCACAAAUGAGUCCCAGGCCCGGCUCUCCCGUGGCAGGCUGCCACCUCUCUCAGCCCCAGGACCCCCAGUGCC